AUGUUCCUGAAAGAUUUCAAUUGUGCAGUGGAUACUUGCCAAGAUAUUCCCAUAAAAGUGGCCGCCGUUUAUAAUGUGAUCGAUGCGAACGGACGACUCAAGUUCGAAUUGGCGCCGACGUCUUCUGAAACAGUACUCGGGAAGGCUGGAUAUCUGGCAACUGAGGAGUACGUCGGACUCAUCAGAUAUGAUGAAUAUUACUCUGAAGAAGAUGAUCGUGAGCGCAGAGUUCGUUUUGAAGUUGAAAAGUUUAGAUGUUUUCAGUGUUUGCAUAUGUGAAUGGCAAGUAUCCGAAUCAGUUCGGUUCGUGUCAGUUGAGAGAUUACGGAGAGUACCGUUAUAAGUUCGUGAGGACUCUUGGAUACGCAUUCACUGCCAUCACAAUCCCUCAAAACCUUCCAAUUUAUUCGUAAUUUCACUUUGUACUCAUUCGACACAAGCUGUUUCUUUCAGGAUCUUUGGUUUCGACGACGGUCUUCCUGAGCCGACAACCGUCACUACUCCCAAGACCUCGGAGCAAGUCACCUUCGGAACGAAUCCAAUAUGGACAAUCCUGAAGAACUCUUUGAACGGCACCCAAGGUCUCGGAGCCAUAAACCUUCCGUGGGGUCCUCCAGUGAAUGCCACGCCCCUCGAAGAAACGAACGUUUGUCUGCUAACUGGCAACUUUUCGCUGCUCUCUUUGUGCGGGGACGCUGGCCGCAUUCUUCAAUUCUUCGAUAGAAAUCACACGUAUUUUGGAUUCAUUGACUUGGUUUACGGAGCAGUGGACACGUACAUUUACUCGUACAUAGGAUAUGCUUUCCAUUCAGCCGACAACGUCUGUGGCCUGCCUCUUCUUCCGAUCAGAGAACUCUAUAAGGACGAUGUUGGGGUGAGGAAGGAAACGGAUUCAUAAAUAGAGAUGUGAAUGAGGAUUUCAGUAUAAUGCAGUUGUGGGAGACGAUGUCAGUGCUGUCGAGUCGGAAGGAUAUUAUGAAACCGGGAGAAUCCUCGGAUACACAAUAGACUGCAGCAGCGCUUCGAACGGACAAAUCAUUGCAGACAUCCCCGAGUGGCUGCUCUCCUCCACUUCCCAUUCUCCGCUCUCCACUCUAACGACGUCUUCGUCGUCUUCUCAAGUCGGUUUCUUUGUCGAACCAAUCUAUAUCGUGUGGCCAACGACAUCGGAAGGGAUACAGGGAUACUGGUGGGAUGGAGUGCUGAACGGUCCGUUCGGAGUGGACUAUGGAAACUCGACGAAUGUAUGUCUGUUUACUGCCAACACGACAUCCCUCCCGAAGUGUGGAUAUGCAAGCACGCUCUACUUGUAUUAUGACAUUAUUGAUAAGUUCUACUUUGUUGGAAUCCAAAGUUUCGGCCGGAACGUCACUUCGAAGCCAAUCGGAAUAGCCUUCCAAACUUCUGAAAAUGUCUGCGGGUUCGAUUUGGUUCCGAUCAGAGAACUUUACAAACAGGGAACUGGAGUAUGCUUAAUUUUUACUUGUUCUUCUCAAUUUUUAGUUUCCAGUAUUACGUGGUGGCUGGAGACAACUACACGUCUCUAAUUUCUGCAGGAUACACUUUAACUGGUAACAUUCUCGGGUACACAGUUGACUGUAAGGACGCCUUUGGCCAAAUGGUUUACGGAGAUGUUCCUGAAUAUGAGUUCACCACUACCACUUCAAUGCAAACAACUUCAAAAGCUAACUCUUCCGAUUUGGUUGACAUCUUCGUAUCGCCUGUGAAGAAUGUUACGACGACAUCCUCGGACGGAUUGGGCGGAUACGGAUAUGAUGUGGACAGUCCGUUCGCCCUCGGAAAUGCCAUCCCCAUCUGUCUAUUUGUGGCCAACUCAACAUUCCUCCAAACUUGUGGAUACACCACCACUCUCUAUCAGUUUUUCGACAUUGACAGGAAGUUCUAUUUCAUCGGAAUCGAGAGUGCCGGCCGGAAUGUUACCUCCAACUCAAUCGGUAUUGCAUUCCGAUCGGCUGAUAAUGCGUGCGGCUUGAACUUGAAACCAAUCAGAGAACUGUACAAGGAAGGCGUCGGGGUGAGCUCAAAAGGUUUCUGAUCUUAGAUCACAUUCGUCUUUUAGUACACGGCAAUUGCCGAAGACAACUACGGAACAUUGGUCGCUCAGGGAUACAAUCUAACAGGGAAUAUCAUGGGAUACACGGUCAGGUGCAAAAAUGCCACCGAUAAGAUGAUCUGUGCUCACUAUCCUUCCUACAAUUUUACAACAGUUUCCACAACUUCAAUUCCGUCGGCUGUUACAACUACCCAGUCUUCUUCUACAACGGCGGUUACAACUACCGCCAUAACUUCAACAACGUCUACAACCUCCACCACCUCUACAACGACACCUUCUAUAACCACUCGCGGAACAACUAUCACCUAUGGUGAGAAUUAAGGUGCUUCUCACGAUAACACUUGUUCAGGCAAAUGCAAUCCGAAUACGAUUACCUUUGGGAAAGGCGACUCGAAUAGUCCGCAACUCUUGAUUGACGUCAAUUUCUCAGAGUAGGUAAUUGCGUCACUUCAAACGGUAGACCGCUCUUCCCAGUUACGCGGUGUCCGGCACGACGACGACGAUGACAGUCAGCUGCACGGCACUGCCCAGCUACAACGUCUACAUGCAGUUCAACGUGAAUCAGGGCGGCCCGAUGGAAAACAGUCAGUUCCCGCAGACGAUUGCAAUUGAGCUGAGUUGCCCGGUCAGCACGAUGGUCUGGAGCUACACGGCUGUGGUGAACGGAGUCACUUACACGAGGGCAAUCCAGUCGGUCACUUGUCAGCAGGCAUCCAAUUCAGGAUAG